ACCACACACUUUCUCUCUUCUUCACUGCAAAACCUAGUUCAGUCUCAUUUCAAUGGCGUCCGCUGAUGUUGAGUACCGGUGCUUCGUUGGAGGUCUAGCAUGGGCCACCGAUGACCAAGCUCUCCAGGCCGCCUUCUCUCAAUACGGCGACGUUCUUGAUUCCAAGAUCAUCAACGAUCGUGAGACAGGACGUUCAAGGGGGUUCGGAUUCGUGACUUUCAAGGAUGAGAAGUCCAUGAAAGACGCCAUCGAAGGCAUGAACGGACAGGACCUCGACGGUCGCAGCAUCACUGUCAACGAGGCUCAGUCUCGUGGAAGCGGUGGCGGCGGUGGAGGCCGUGGUGGCGGCGGUGGAUACCGUGGCGGCGGCGGUGGAUACGGAGGCGGUGGCGGUGGAUACGGAGGUGGUGGAAGACGUGAGGGUGGUUACAGCGGUGGUGGAGGAGGCGGUUACUCCUCGAGAGGAGGUGGCGGCGGCGGCGGAUACGGUGGAAGACGUGAUGGUGGUGAAGGUGGAGGUUACGGAGGAAGCGGUGGUGGUGGUUGGUAAUUAGAUUAGGGUUUCAGGUUGUUGUGAUUGGACCGUUUCUGUUCAUGUUUCUGGUUCUCUAUGUGUUGUGUUUGGUUCUGCUGUUUUGGUGUGACAUGUUCGUGGUUAGGUAUCUGAUAUCUGGAAACGCAAUGUUAAAUCACUUUUAAUAAUCUUCCCUUGAGUUUCAUUUCACCGUUCUCUAAAUUAAUUAGAGUAAAUCUUAUACUAAUACGUAACGCAAUGCGUUUGGAGUAUUGGGAUCAUUGAAUCGUAAUAAUCUUUGAUAUCAUC